AUGACCCAACUCUUGCUACGCCCCCUUAUGGAUGGUCAGGGUGCUGAGCUUUACAGUGAGCUUGCAUCUGGUGCUGAGACUAGAUGGGAUUACAGUUCAUGUGUUGAGGCUAUCCCUCACCUUGGCAACCCUGGCCUGCGCUUGUUCAAUGUGAAGAACAACAUCUCAAUCUGUCUUAACAGUAUUCUGUUUGAUGGGAACUUUGGGAUGACAGACAAGGCCAAAUUGCCUCUUGCUGAGCUUUACAGCAUGUUGAAUGCGACUGCGUCAAGCAACCAUCUCCAGGUCACUACCGGCAUUCGUGAGGGUAUCCUGGACCUCCUUUGGGACCCAGCCAAGCUCGCUUUUUAUGAUUUUAACCUGACUUUGAAUGCCUGCAACGAUAUAUUUAUGGCUGCAACUCACUAUCCUGUUGUGGAUGACAUCAUCCCUAACAAAGUCCUCACUUUUCAAUCCCAUGCAUUUGGUUACAAUGAUCUUAUGACACAUAUAUUACAGGGACACCCCGAGCUGUUGGCCCCCACUGCAGUACAAGACUACGAAUGUUGCUUCGCCUUCAUCAAGGCAUGGUCACUUGAGGAGUUCAUGGUCCCUAAUGACAUUCGAGAAUGCUUAAUAAUGUAG